CAGAGGGGAGGUUUUUUUCUUUUCUACUUAGCUUUUCUUUCUUUUAGACUGAAACCCAACUUGGGAGUUGGGAACGCAAGGAGGAGAAAGGGGAAAGAGGGUGCGCAGGAUAAGGAUUAUAGGAGCACGUACUAGAGAGUAGUGGUUGUUCCAGAGGGAGGCUGCUGCUGCUGCUGCUCCUCCAAGGACUCUCGUGCUAGUAGUCUGCUUCAUUGUCCAUCCAUCAAUCCAUCCAUCCGUCCAUCCGUCCAUGGUUCAGCUGCCUUUUCGGUGCACGAAAUGCACUACUCUUGUUGUAGUGUAGUGUAGUGUGGUGUGGUGUGUGGUAGUGAAAGUUGAAAAAGCCAAACUUACUUCUCCUACUCUCAUUUUUUUUUUCCUUUAAAAUUUUUGCUUAGUUGGGCUUGGUGGGGUGAAGAAGAUGACGGGUGCUGAGCUGUUUGGCACCAGCUGCUGCCAGCAGAGGAGGAGGAGGAGGAGGAGAAGAGGGGAUAGUUUAGGAGUGAGAGUGGCCGUUUUGUUCCUCAUUUACCUGUGCGGUGUUGGUGGCGGUGGCGGUGGCCGUGGCUUCAUCUCGCUAUCUAGCGCCGCUAGAUUGAGUGGUGUUUCAAGGCAGAAAUUAGAGGUCCAUAAGCACUUGAAGAGGCUCAACAAGCCUCCUAUCAAAACCAUUCAGAGCCCAGAUGGGGAUAUCAUUGACUGCAUACCCGUCUCUCAUCAACCGGCUUUCGAUCACCCUUUCCUCAAGGACCACAAGAUACAGAUGAGGCCAAGCUACCACCCCGAAGGGCUUUAUGACGAGAACAAGGUGUCCGAGGGAACUAAGCAGAGCAGAGCUAACCCCAUCACUCAGCUGUGGCACAUGAAUGGGAGGUGUCCUGAGGAGACUAUACCCGUGAGAAGAACAAAGCAAGAUGAUGUCUUGAGAGCCAGCUCUGUCAAGAGAUAUGGAAAGAAGAAGCACAGAAGCAUCCCCAAGCCCAGGUCUACUGACCCUGACCUCGUCAAUCAAAGUGGUCAUCAGCAUGCAAUAGCAUAUGUUGAAGGGGACAAGUAUUAUGGAGCAAAAGCAACCAUUAAUGUUUGGGAACCCAAAAUCCAGCAGGCCAAUGAGUUCAGCCUGUCUCAACUAUGGAUAUUGGGUGGUUCUUUUGGUGAAGAUCUGAACAGCAUUGAAGCUGGCUGGCAGGUAAGCCCUGACCUUUAUGGUGACAACAACACGAGGCUUUUUACCUACUGGACUAGUGAUGCAUAUCAGGCCACGGGUUGCUACAAUCUGCUUUGCUCUGGGUUCAUUCAAAUCAACAGUGAAAUAGCAAUGGGUGCAAGCAUCUCCCCUGUUUCUGCCUUUCGAAAUUCCCAAUAUGAUAUCAGUAUUCUCGUCUGGAAGGAUCCAAAAGAGGGGAAUUGGUGGAUGCAAUUUGGGAGUGACUAUGUUUUGGGAUACUGGCCAUCUUUCUUGUUCUCGUACCUGGCAGACAGUGCUUCCAUGAUUGAGUGGGGUGGGGAGGUGGUGAAUUCAGAACCAGAUGGGAAGCACACCUCAACCCAAAUGGGCAGCGGUCAUUUCCCUGAAGAGGGCUUUGGCAAAUCAAGCUACUUCAGGAAUGUUCAAGUGGUUGAUAGCUCCAACAAUCUCAAGGCUCCCAAAGGUCUUGGCACCUUUACUGAGCAGUCCAACUGCUAUGAUGUCCAGACUGGCAGCAAUGGGGAUUGGGGCCAUUACUUUUACUUUGGAGGCCCUGGUAGAAAUCCCAAUUGCCCUUGAACAACUACCCCCAGCCCCACAAAGAAAAAACCUAAAGGGAAAAAAAAAUAAAAAGUAGCUACUUCCUCUGUAUUAUCCGAUGUAGUCUCCUACCUUACCCCCUCUAGAUCUGUCUGUCUCUCCUCAUUGUACACCACCACCAUCCCUCUUUUUUCCAUUUUGGUUUAGGUCGAGUUAGUAAAAAUGCCACCUUUUCAGUAGUUGGAAGUUUUGUCCCUCUUGAUAAGUAAAAUUGGGGGGGAAGCGGCCUCAGUUUCUCAGAAGCUCAAAAGAAACAGGGCCUUUGUUAGUUUCUUUAUAGCGGUUUGUUCCUUUCUUUCUUUCUUUGAUGCUCCACUCUUGGGAGUGCUAUUGUGACUAGAAAUGGUCUGAGUGUAGUAGCCUAAUUGCAGCCUAAAUUAAUUCUGCAGUACAGGAAAACAAGAAGAGUGUGUAUGUGUGGAAAAGCUGUUUUGUCAAAUGUGGAUUCAAGUAGAUAGAUACGAGUGGUUUGAUUACAA